AUGGCUGCUGUGUUUGUGCCGCCGUCCCCUCAAACCUCCCUGAACAUGUCGACCCGCCGCCCACUCGCCAACGUGCCGAAUGCUACCAAUUCUCCCCACAGGGCUGGGCUCGUGCCGGGCAAACGAGCACGAUCCGGCCAAAUCGAGAUUCCCUACGGCCAGCCGCCGCCAAAGAAGCAGGUGACGGACGCGGCAGAGCAGGAUCGAAGCCGGUCCGCGGUGUCCCAGAGCACCGAGUCGAAGUUGUUUACGCGUCGGUCCAACAAUACCAACCCAAGCGCAUUCGAAAAGAAGCUGGUGGCUGCGAGAGAAAAGGAACGAUUACCCCAACUGAAAGGGUCCAAAAACGAGAAGCCUUCGGCGGAUACCAUGGAUACCAUUCGCCAAUGGCAACGGCACUACCGCAAGGCGUUCCCGCAGUUUGUCUUCUACUUCGACAGCAUUCCCGAGGAUGUACGCCGCAAGUUUUCGCGACAGGUUGUCGCCCUGGGAGCUUGUGAGGAGAAGUUUUUCUCUCGCCUGGUGACCCAUGUUGUUACUUCUCGUCCCAUUCCCCCCGAAGCUACUACCACGAGCCCGACCGAGGAGUCCGCCCCUGGGACAGAUGGGGCCAAUGGUGACAACAUGCAGACUGUGAACCCUUCUCUCCUGGAAAAGAAUGCCGACUCGCAUUUGCACGUCUCGUUGAAGACUGAAGUUCGCCGCGACCAAGGAAACAUGGAUGUUCUACAGAGGGCACGACAAAUGGGGAUGAAGAUCUGGGCACUGGAAAAGCUGCAACGUAUGAUCACUACGAUCAACGACAACGAUAUUGGCGGUCAAAAUGAUAGUGCGUCUCGAAGCAAGACUACCGGUGGAAGCACUGCGCAUGGCCGUGGUGAGAACGACCUCUCGCGCGUUCUCCGACAAGAACUUCUCAAUGGACCUUCCGAUCGUGACCCAUUUGCGUCCAUGGAGAUGGUGAUGUUCAAGGGACCAUUCAUCUAUAUCCACGAUAUGAACGAAAAGACCAAGCCGGUCAUGGUGCGAGAAUACGCCCGGGUAACUAGACGUCAGGAUGGUGUCUGGCCCCAGUUCCGAAGCGCGCCUCUUGGAAAAUGUCCUUUCAUUGAUGAACCCCCAAGCCGGAAGGAAUAUGACAGACACAGGAUGCGUCAGACUCAAAAGGAGAAGAAGGUCGCUAUGCAAAAGGCGGAGGGUUCUCGCAGCAAGCCAUCUACUGCAGUCCCCACAGAGCGAGCUGUUGACACCAAACUCGUCACAGAUCUUUCCAAGCCCAAGCGGCCAGAAGAUCAACCUUCUAAAAAUCCGCUGGAGAUCUUUACAAAGCCACUGCUCGAAGAGGGCUAUGAACGCAAGAGCUCCGAGAGCUUCAUUCCUCCCCACUUCCCUCGCACUGGUCCAUUCUACACAGGCCGUGAGCCCGCCGCAUCUGGUGUACAACCAUCCAAUGUCACCUCUGCUAUUCGCUCACAAAUGAUCUCAUCUACUGCUGCCGCACCUGGUGCCAAAGCCGGAUUGAGCAAAGAAGUUCACGGAUUGAAAAGAAAGGUUCUUGAGAAGGGCACCGGCAGUAUUGUGCCUGGAUCGAUGGCCGCCCCUCAACGUCCGAGCACGGGAUCGGGGUCCUUCUCUUCUAAGAGCCAGCACAACGCCACUACCAAAUCCACUGUUCCUGAAAAGAAUGGCCAGGGGGAUGCACACCAGACAGAAGGAGCUGGCACAAAGCGUCGACGGGAUGAACAAAAUGAUACCCAGCCUAAGAAACCCGAACGACGAAGAGACCCCAAACCCGGCUACUGCGAGAACUGCAGGGACAAGUUCGAUGACUUUGAAGAGCAUACCAUGACAAGAAAGCACCGCCGGUUUGCCCAGAACACAUCCAACUGGGCUGAACUUGAUGCCCUGUUGUUCGACAUUCAACGACCUCUGAAGGAGGAAAUCGGAUUUGACGAGUGA